GUCACGGGUUGAGGGCAAAUCAAAAAGGGUUGCACUGUGAUGCAGCAAUUGUCAGGUGGACAGGGAGUCUAUUUUAGCGGGCCAUUCACAUGAGACUGGGAAUACAUAAAUCUUUCACUAAUAACCAUAAAGUGCUUUUUCUUUUCCUGACUUGCCAUUGUUGCUGCCCUCUCUGAUAUCCCUCAACGUCAAGGCACUAUAAACAGCAGACAUGUCUGAAGGACCGAAAAAGUCAAAAUAUUCAGCCACACGCCGACUUCAUUUGAAGUCCAAACUACUGAAGAAGGCAGCGUCUAUGCUGGUGGCUGAAAGCGAAGAGAAGAAACAUGAGAAAGAAAGGGCUAUGAAUGAGUGCUUCCCUCCGCUGAAGCUGGCAGGUCUGUCAACCCACGAACUCCAGGAACUUUGCAAAGAACUACAUCGUAAGAUUGACGUUGUAGAUGAUAUACGUUAUGAUAUGGAGAUUAAAGUAGCCAAAAAUGAGAAAGAGAUCCAGGCAUUGAAUCUGAAGAUCGUUGAGCUGAAGGGGGUAAAGAGGCCAAACUUGAAGAGGGUGAAGAAAACUACAGAUGAUAUGCUGGGCGCAUGCACCGACAACUCCAAACUCAUGAAGGCUGAUUUCAAGGCAAACCUCAAGACAGUGAAGAAAGAAGAGGAAAAGAGGGAAGAGGUGACUGACUGGCGUAAGAACGUGGAGGCCAUGUCUGGUAUGGAGGGCAGGAAGAAGCUGUUUGAUGCCGACAAUAAGAAGGUGGCUGCGUGAAAAAAAGGACACAAGCACCCCAGGACACAAAACCCUGAGUUUGCAAAUACAGCGUAUGUCUUUUCUAGGUCCAGGUUUGUUGUGUUCAUCACUUCCUUUUGUUAAUCUUUAUUUUUCACUGUCCAACUCUCACGAGUUCUCCAUAACAAGAGAAAAUUAAGCAGGUGUUGUGAAGAAUGACGUCAACCCUUGCUACUUGUAAAUGGGUAAAUAAAUGCACUAUUUAGAUUAUACAGUAUUAAAAUAGUUUUAUUAUUCAAUGAAUACACACUUGUAUGAACAAUACCUCUGUUUGCCAGUAAUGUAAUGUGAAUUGUAUAGUAUAUACAUACUGACCUUUGCAUUUUGAAAUUGAUAUUGAAUAAUUAUAUGCUCUGAAGAAAAUGAAGAUCCGUUUUAUGAAUUUAAGUUUUACGGUUUGGUGUCUUUCAAAGUGCAGUAUUUGUAUUACAUAGAUGAUGGCACUGUCCCACAAUCUGUAAUACAUGUGAUGCUGAUUAAACAACCAUUACCACAUUUCUGCU